AUGAUUGAUCUUUAUAUAUGGAUAGCCAGGAUCAUAUUGAUAGGAUUAAUUAGACCUUCUAUCGAGUGUGAUUCAACUACAUUGCAAGGAUGCCUUCUAGGUGACACAACCGAGACAACUAGAAUAUCACUCUUAGAUUAUUCAGCGUAUGGAUAUGGCUUCUGGUUCUAAUAUUUACCCUGGAACAUUUUUCUUAUAGAUGAUUUAGUAAAAUUACCUAAUCCUGAAGGGUUUCUAUUAAUAAGGGAGAUAAAUCCUGAUACUUCUAAGUAUAGGGUAUUUUUGUAUUAAGAUUUGAAAAACAAAAAUGCAAAUUAGGAAUAAUAUUUAUUUUUAUAAUAUGAAUCAAAUAGCUAAAUGAUCCAAUUAGCAAAAUUCAUAUUUGACUCAUUCGAUUUUUAAGGCAAAUGGAUUCAUAUAUUUGUUUCAUAUUAAUUUCCUUAUUAAAGAUAAAUAAUUAUGUAUGAUAUUCUGAAUGAUAAUUGUCAAAUCAUAAACUAUUAAUCAAGUACUAAUUUAGAAUUGAAGGAGACAAUAAUUACUCAAGGAGGAGAAUUUAAAUUAUAAUUAAAUUAAAAUGAUGAAUCAAAACAAUUUGCUCAAUAUCCUGGCAGAAUUUCGAAAGCAGAGUAUAAUUUCGAUAAAAAUAAUGUAGUUUUUAACACAGUUUAAGAAUUUAAAAAUUUUAUUGAAGAAAAAUUUACACCUAAACCAUUUUGUUAGACUUCAACUUAUGAUACGUUUUUAAUAUCAAAUUAUAAAUACCAAUUUGGAUUGAUUUAACUUGAAUCUUGGGUGAAGAUUGAUUAUAUUCUUAAUAUAAACAUAUCAACUAGUGUUUUUGGAAUUGAAAUAUUUUUUGAGUUAGAUACUAAGAUCUACUACAAGCUAGUUGAUUUAUAGUAUUGUUUACUUUAAGCAUGGACAAGUGACUUAGCAAAUGGAGUGUAUUUCUAAACCCUCAAUCAGAUAACUCCAGAAUUAUAACUCUAUCAGGGUCAAUUUCUAGAUAAAAGCGAAAUUGCUUUCCAUAAUUUAAAAUAAGAUUUAAGAUAAUGGCAUUAUGUUUCCAUUCUGUAUGGUUUUGAUUAAACAUAAGUGCCAGUUUAAAAUUUGAAAAUGUGGUUCAAUGAUGGGGAUGUCUAUGAAGCUCAAUAUCAUAAUAGAACAUAUCCUUUCGAUGGAAGUUAAUUAUAAAUAAGAAGUGGAAUUAUGAUAGAUGGCUCGAUUAAUGGAAUAUUUGUAACAAGUGAGAGCAGUAAGAUUACUGUUUGCUUACCUGAGCCUUUUGUUCUCCUGAAGAAGUGCCACUUUAGUUGUUAAGAUUGCAAUGGUCCAUAUCUUAAUUAAUGCAUAAAUUGUAAUUAGAACUCUAAUAGAUAUCUAGAAAAUAGUUAUUGUAAAUGCAGUCUAGGCUAUAUUGAAAGUAAUAUUGAAUUCUUGGAUUUCUAUCCCACAUCUAUAUAAGAUUACAAUGCAAAAAAUUAAACUGUAUCUUAAUUUGGUUAUUUUCCAAUUAAAGAAGUCGAUAAUGAAGUAAUUUAUAUACUAUGUCCUUAAUUUAAUGAAAUUUAAUUGGAAAAGAUAAGUUGCAUAGAAUGUUUGACUUAACCAGAAACAUUUUCUAAACUAUUGAAAUGUGAAUCCGAUUCUAUUUUUAAUAGUUAUGGUCAAUAUGAAUUAAUUUAGAGAGAAGAUAAAGAUGUUGAAAUAUAUUUUCUUGAUACGUCAACAUCUUCUCUUACAUUGUGUGUUGGAUGCAAAUCUUUUUGUAAUUAAAAUAUUGAUUCAAAUUGUCAUUUUCAAACUUUGUUACAGGUAUAUAUUUAAUGCCAAUCGCAAUUCUAUUAUAAAAAUGGAGAAUGUGUUGUGUGUCAUUCUAAUUGUAAGACUUGUGAAGAUUUUUCUGUUUGCACUUCUUGCUAUGAUCUUUUGACUUUGAAUCCUCUUAAUAAUGAAUGUCUCGAAUGUCCAAAAGAUUGUUUAGAAUGUGAAUAUUUAUCUGGUGUUCAAUGCAUUAAAUGCCUAGAAUAAUACUCAGUAUUUGAAGGAUAAUGUUACCCGUGUAGUAAAUAUUGCUUAGAAUGCAUAUAUGUUAAAAAUCCGAAAGAUGGAUUUUAUUAUAAUAGAUGCAUUAAUUGCAUAGAUAAUUAAAAAUAUUAUUUAUCAAUUAAUGCAGUUGAUUGUAUUCAAAAUCUAGAUCCUAAUUGCAUAUAUGCGAUCUAAUUUCAUAAAUCCUGGUAUAGGAGAAAUAAAGAGAUUUUAAUUCUAAAUAUCAUAUUAAUUAUUGUGCUUUGUGUGCAGAAGGUUAUGCUUCGUUACUUUCAGGAUAAUGUAUUAGAAUAGAUUCAAUUCCCUGACAAUAUUCAAAAUAAACAAUAUUGUACCCAAAUGUACUAAAUGGAGGUGUAUGAAUCUUUGCAAUUAAACCAAUUAUAGUACUAAUGUAUGGUUUACAAAAAAGAAUUAAAAUUGAUUGCUUCAAUUUCAAACGGUUGUGAAAGUAUUUUUCUUAAUUGUGCUUACUGUUUCUAUAAUAUAUGUUUGUAAUGCUAUCCUGGAUAUUAUGCUGAAUUAGCUUCUGGUUAGUGCAUUGCAUGUCUAUCAGAGCUGAAUUGUUAUAAAUGUGAAUAGCGAUCAAAGUAAUGGAAGAAUGGUUGGAAAAUUAGGUAUGCUAUAGUCCAUUACAUGAUGAAACGAGGAACAUUCUAUAAUGAUAUAUUCGGAAAUGAACCAUAUGAUAAAUUAGAAGUUGUUUGUAAGACUUGCACAGUAGAUUUUGAAUUUUACUAAGAUAAAUGUAUCAAGAAAUGUCCAGAAAAUUGUGAACUCUGUAUAAAAAGAAACGGAUAAAAUAACUGUGUUAAAUGUAAGAUGUAUGAAGGUCGACGUCUGUCUUUAUAUGAUGGCGAAUGCAUUGAUUGUCCAAGGUAUUGUCAGAUUUGUAAACCUAAAACUAAUUCUUAAUUAUUAAGUGCUAAUCCAUAUUUCUCAAAUAAUAAUGUCUAAUCUACUACACAUACUUGUUUAAUGUUAUAAUCUUAGUUAAGCUUAUAAGACUAUUAUUAUGACACUAAAUUUUAAUAAUUCUUCAAGUAAAGUGUAACUGGAACAGACCCUAAUUCAAUUACAUUAAAAUUCAACCUUUAUUGUAACUUAGAGCUCUUUAAUUAGCAUCUAGAAUUGGCAUUUGACAAAUAGCAUUUUCGACAGUAAAAUGUUAAAAUUGAUGAAUUAAUAACCAAUAAUAAAUCUUAAAGCAACUUUGGAAGAAUAGAAAAUCUUAAUUUGUACACAUUUCUAAGUGUCUAACAGAUUUAAGAAGUUGAAUUAGAAUUUAGAUUUAUUUAAGAUUGUUCUAUAGAAUUCCACUCUUACAUUUUCACUACUUUAAUUUAAAACAUCUAUUUUGUCACUUCAGCUAAAAUUAAACUACUUGGCAAUGGUAACACAUUAUUCCUUAACUCAAAUCUAGAAGUAUUGAAUUUCGAAUCUAUUUCAAUAUAAAAUCUAAUAAUUUAGUUGUAAUCAACUGUCAAUAUUCAUUUAUAAUCUUUAAGUGCUUUGAAAGUACUAUUUAAUUCAGUAGUUAUACAAUAAUAUUAAGAAGAUUUAAAUCCAAUAGCAUUUACUAUUAUAUCCACAAAUCUCUAGCAAUUAGAAAUUUAAAACUUGUCUCUACAGAAUAUAAAUCUUCAAACUGUGGCUGGUUUGUUUUACUUCGAAUAUUCUGUUUAAUAAUAAUAUAUUAACAUUAAUAUUGAUCAAUUUACUAUUCAAAAUUCAAAGAUGCAUAAUUCAAAUAUCAUUUUACUUGAUAAUUACUUUUAAAAAACUACAAAUUGUUAUAUUAAUAACAUUCUAAUCAUAAAUUCCAAUCUUUAUUCUAGCUCAUUUAUGAAAAUUAAAAAUAACUAAUAUCUAGUUAUGUAAGGAUCUAUAUCAUAAAUAUCGAUCGUUUUCUCCUUGUUAUCUAAUAUUCAGCCUUUAUUCUAGACUUUUUGUUAUAAAAGUUUAAUUAUAAGCAGAAUCUCUUUAACAAAUUCAACAUUCUAAAAUUUCAUUCUAUUUUAAACAACAAAUGAAUAAAUUAAUAAGGACUAUUAAAUUAAGUUUUGUAGUUUAAAGAAUAGCUCAAUUAUUAAUUUUGUUUAAGAUUACUAGUUUCAAUCUAUCAUUUUUGAGAAUAUUGAAGUUAAUUAGAUUUAACACGACGAUAAAACAAUUCUUAUAAAUUUAGUAUCAAAUGAUUUGACUAGUACUGUUAAGAUGUCAAAUAUUAUUUUAGAUACAAUCACUCUUUAUGAUAAUAUUUAAUUGGUUUCCAAUUUAUAGUCAAUUUCCUCUAUUAUUCUAAUAUAAUCCAACAUAAUUGAAAUAUCUGAUAUUAAAAUCAUCAGAUCAAUUGGUAUUACAGAAUUUUUACUAUCUUCAGCCAUUAACUUAGUACUUUCAAAUUUUACUAUUUCAUUAAACUCAAAGUACUUCUUUAAAAGCAUUAUUGCAGAUGAAUAAUGUUCAUAACUUAAUCCAUAUUCGAAAUAUACAUCUACUUUGAUCAUUUAAAAGGCAUAAAAUAUUAAAAUAUAAAACUUUUAUGUAUCUAAUCUUAUUCUUUUGGAUUUCCCUAUGAUCUACAUAAUCUCUAUUGCAACCUAAAUUAUUAGAAGAUCUGAAUCUAUUGUUAUAGAUUCCAUGAAUUUAGAUAAUUGCAUCAUCUAAAAGAGAUAGACUAUUAAUUAGAUAUCUGGAAUUCUUAUAUAAUCAGAAUAAUAAUAAGAUAUCUAAAUUCUAAAUUCUAAAUUUAAUAAUAACAUUUACUAUUCAUACUAUAAAGAAUCUGAGUCUGACUCAGCUUUAAUAUUCUAUAUAAUUGCAUAAAAUUCGAAAAUAUAGUUGAUCAAUUGCUAGUUUAACCAAAAUUAUGUCUCUUAAAGUGAAAAUAGUUUAUUAUAUAUAAAUGCUGAAUAAGUUAAUCUAAUUGAUUCAUCUUUUGCUUCAAAUAAUUAGAUUGGUGAUAGCUUUUUGAAGCACAUAAAUUGGAAAUAUCAACCUUAUACUUUAACAUUAGAAUAAAUCAAAAAUUAAUUUUAAGUGCUAUCCACAAGUGGAAAUGGUUAACUAAUAUCUUCCUCAGUGUAAUUUAGAAACACAAAUAUUGAAGGUAGUUUUUCAACAUCUGCAGGAUGUUUUAAAAUUACAUUAGAAAAUGAAGGAUAUUUACUCGUCAGAAAUUCUGUAUUUAAAAAUAUCUACACUAAAAUAUCUGAAGAAUAAUCAUUUGGUGGUUGCCUGUAUGUUAUUGAUGGAAGCAUUAAUAUCUAAAUUGAUAUAUUAGAUUCUAUUUAUGAUACAAUUAUUGGAACUGCUGAAGGUGGUGUUAUAUAUCUGAAACCAAUUGCCUAAUAAAUUAACUUCAAUUUCACUAAUGUGACAUUUUAGGAUGUCUUUUCAAACGAUGGUAAUAUUGCCAAACUUAACUUCCUAAACUACAAUUAAUAACUCUAUAUGUAGAAUUGCAGAAUUUUAUAAACAAUAGAGGGUUAUUCCAAAUUUAGGUCUUUGUUUAGUUUAUUUUAAAAUUAUGAAACUACUUUGAUUUCAAUGUAAUAAGGAUAUCUUGUUUUAAGACAUUUAUUCGUUCAGUUAUAUUUAAAUAUAUUCUUAUAGUUGAAUUAUCAAAGCAAAGUUAGUUUGACAUCAAUCGAAAUAGACUAUUCAUUUUAUUACUAGAAUUCCAUAAUGUAAAUUAGCUUUUCUGAAGAUCAGCAAAGCAAUAUCGAAAUUACUGGUCUUAAAAUCAAAAACUUUAAAUGGUACAAAGAUGAUCCAAAAUUGGAAUCAACCUAAAUUAAGUAUAUAAUUGAUGAUUAGUUAAAAUUGUCAUAAGAUUGUCGAAAUGAAUAAAUAUUAAAAUUUAAGAAUUCUACUUAUGAAUUAAUAAAUUUAUUAGAUUUUAUAGUUGAACCCUAAAAAUAGAUUGAUAAUUUAGUUUAAAUUACAAAUGUCAAAAAUAAGGAUUCAAUAUCAAUUAAAUCUAGCUAAUUUUCAAACAAUUAGUGUAAAUUUUGUUAAUAAGGACUUAUUUUUAUUAAAUUAAUUGAGUUGCAAUCAGACAAAAUUAUUUUAUCAAAUAUAUGGUUAAUGGAUAAUUUAUGUGGUCAAAAUGGAUGCUUAUGCUUCGUGUAAGAGUUAUAAAGUUAAGAAAAAAAGAUAAUGUCUAAGUUAUCACUAGACAAUAUGUUUUGCUAUAGAAAUUAGGCAGAGAAAGGAGGAUGCAUAGUUAGCAAAUAAGUUGGUCUUAAAAUAACAAAUAGUAUUUUAAGUGAAAAUCUAGCAAUUCGAUAAGGAGGAAGUAUAUAUUAUGAUGGAGAAAUUACAAAUCUUUUAUUUCAAAAUAAUCUUAUAGUGUCAAAUACAGCAUAAGAAGGAGGUGCAAUAUAUCUAGGGAAUCAAAGUUUACCUGAAUUAAAUAGAACAUUUAACUAUUUCAAUAAUAACACUGCAUAUGGAUAUGGUAACAUUAGUUCAUCUCACUCAACUUAACUUACAAUAUUAUACAAAAGUGUGUUAUUUUCAACCUUACACAUUUUGAACAAUGGGUAGAUUAAUGCUUACUUAACUAAUUAAUCAAAUCGAUCAGAAUUAUUAGUCUUAAAAUUGCCGAGUGGCUAAUAAAUUUAAACAUAUUAGUAUUUUGAUAUAAAUAAAUAAGAAUACUAGCAUUAACAUUUAAAAUUCAGAGUUUUAGCUUUAAAUGCAUAUCACGAAUAACAAUUUCACAUUAAUAAUAGUGAAUGUUUAAUUGAAAGUGGAUACUAGUAUGGCUCCUAAGAAGUCAAUUUUACAAAUAAUUAUACAAAUUAUAAUAGAAAAGCUUUUGAUUAAGAAACAUAAGAUUAUAAUUUAGAUGAUUUAAUUAUUUAUUACGGAACUGAGAAUAAUGAAUUUAGACUAAUCUUAUAAAUAAGUUGUAAUAGUGUCUAAAUCCCCAAAUUAUGA